GUUUCCCGGUUCUUGAUAUCUACUUAUCGUUAUUCGUAUUUAUAUUAAGCUGACACAAAAAUUCAUAUAAGCUUUGUUAAUUUUUAUUUUUGGCGUCGUCAUUUUUAUAUUUAUUGCAGUUACCAUACAUAAUUAGAUUAUAACCUAUGCCUAUAGGCAUAGUUUUUCUAUUUUAAUUUACCUAUUGCUAAAUUAAAUUUGCUUCUAAAACAUUUAGAAUCGAAAAAUUAGCUUCACAUCUUUAACAAUAAUUUUAAAAUAGGUUCAGAAGGUAGUUUUGUCACUUUUGGUUUGUAGUUAGGGUUUUCAUUACGAACUGAUAUCAAAUACAGUAGAAGACACAUUAGGCAUCUAAAGCAGUACGUACGUGGUUCAUUUUCUAAUCUGAAAAAUAACGAUGAGGUUCAUCUACAACCAGCUGACGAACAUCUAUUGAAGUGUGACGCGUUCCAUGGUCCCACCCUGCCAUUGUCCAACCGUGCUAUAGUCUCACCAUGGAACAGAUGACACAUUUAACGACAGUUCUUCGAAAAUACCAGUUAACUUAGAAUCCGUGAUGAAGGGAAUCUGCUUUCAGCUCAGCUUUUACUUAUUAUCCGAGAUUCUUUAUCUUAUAUGUGAUUGAUUCGCCCAUAAAUUAUUGUCUCGUCGUAUUUUUUAUUUUACUCCAUACUGAUCAUUCAACAUAUGGGGCCAAGCCCAAAGCGUAGUUUUGUACACAUUACUCGAGUUCUAUAUUAGUUGGUUUUUGAUAGGAAGAUGGUUAGAAUAGUCUGUUAAUCAUGCGUAAUGAAGCUUGUUUAACAGGUUUAAUCUUCAUCAGUGUAAAGUUUGUAGAGAUAUUUUUCUGGUCAAGAUUUAAGACCCCACCGCUGAACGAACUCAUGACCUCCAGGUAUUGUGGUGAGCACUUAACCUCUAUCUAUGUUUAACUCCAUUCGAUUCGUUUUGUAACACAACUACUCAAUCUUUAGUGGUCAACUGCCUCACACCAGACAUUUUGACUCCAUUAGUCUUAACUUCUAACCAGGACUCCAUGAUUUGCCUUUUAAAAUAAAUCGCUAGUAGGGGCAUAAUAAUUGCCAGUAAUUGGUUUUGCGGAAGUUCUUGAAUUUUAUCGAGAUCACUUUAUUUCCAACACGAUUUUAGUCGGGAAUUUAUACUAUUCUUUUUUUAACUGGUGAUAAUUAAUUUCCCAUGAACGUCCGUGCAGACUUUAUCUCAGUUUAGUUGCAAAAUUCUUUGGCUGGAUGCUAAUGACUGACUUAAACCUCGAUGUUCAACUUGAAUACCAUAUAAUUAUCAACGGUCAUGCUAAUUUACAAUGGUUAAAUAAAUCUUUGAAGUUGAGAGCAUGAAUGUAACAACAACCCACUUUCAUAAAUCAUCAGUUAUCUGCCUGUAUUUGAUGAAAAUUCCUCCAGACUUCAUAUUCGUAAUCGGAAAUUUCAUCCGUUUAAUAUGUCCAAAAGUACAGAGUGCAAGACAAAUCAUUUCAGAUAAUUCUUGUUUCAAAACAAAUGUAUUAUCAUUCUCGCUGGAAAUGUCAAAUAUGUGUUACCCUCCAAAUUCCAAAGUUUAUAAAAGCUAUCUAAGUAAUCGUGUCAGUGAUGGGUCUCUUUCGAUGCAUUUCAUCAAUACUCUGUUUUGUCUUUCAUGAAUUUUACUAUACUUUCUCUUAAAAUUACCAAGAUAUUAGAACUCAUUCAUGCUAUUUGUUAUUUAUAGUUUGGAAUAAGUCUUCCCAUUUAUUUUUUUCUGUACCUUUUAAUUCUUAAUACUUUUAGUUUCGUAUACGCCGCUUAGCUAUAAAGCUAUUUAUCAACAAAGUCAUCGCUGCUACAUCCAUGUACUCGUUUGUUCAAAGUGUGCUAAAGUUCACUAAAUAUUCAUUAAAAAACCGGCUUAUGUGCUUUAGUUCUAUACAGCAAACAAUUUUAAAGGGUACACUUAUCAUCUUGUGUAAUGUACAACGAUUGAUACAUCUGACAACUACCACACACAUGAAAGGAUUCGAAAAUACUAUAAAACUUAGAGUGUGAUGAAUGGCUCCAAGUAGUCAUUCACUGUUUAAUAUGCUUCUUGUUUCUUGUGGAGGUUUUAUAUGUAGAAUUGUGUUAAAUUUGAAUUUUUUAUCUGGUAGAAUUAACAUAUCUACAUGCAACAGUAAUAUUUUCCAAAAUUUUAGUCUAUCUUAAGCAUUCCAUCAAUGAUUGGAUUUUGUACAAGUAUCGGGAAGAUUUCAACUGGAAUACGGACGUUUACAAAGGUAAUAGCUGCAUUUUUAGAUAAAUUUGCAACCAGGCAAGUUUUCUUUUUGCUCCGAUCCGUAACAAAAGUAUGCAUCUCGAACUCUAAGUAAACCCAUUCAUUUCAGUCUAUAUUGAAGUUUAUGGGUGUCAAAUGAACCAUAGUGAUACCAAUAUUGCUCAGAGUUUAUUAACAAAAGCUGGGUAUACUAUUGUCCCGUCGGAUGAACAGUGUGACACUGUCUUGCUCAUGACUUGUGCCAUUCGAGAUAGUGCUGAAGUAAAAAUUUGGCGACGUAUUCAACACCUGCGAUCUCUUCACCGUAAAUCAUAUAUAAAAAUAGGUGUUCUAGGAUGUAUGGCCAAAAGGUUAAAGGAUAAACUCCUUAUGGAUGACAGCUGUAAAACUUUAAAAGCGGGUGAUCUUCAGUCAUCUAAUUUUGAUCACGAUAAUUACACUGUUGCGGCAGAUUUUGUUUGCGGCCCUGAUUCUUAUCGUGAUUUGCCGAAACUUAUUGAAGAUGCUCAUUCUGGACUAAAAGGUGCUAGCGUCGCAUUGUCUCUGGAAGAGACAUAUGCAGAUGUAACUCCUGUACGACGUCAUUUUACAACCGACGAAUCCUCAGACCCAAUCCCUGCUCCUACGGCUUUCCUAUCAGUUAUGCGUGGGUGUGAUAAUAUGUGCACCUAUUGUAUUGUACCUUUUGUCAGAGGACGUGAACGCAGUAGACCAUUGGAUUCAAUCCUUCACGAAGCACAAAGCUUAUUUAAUGAGGGAGUAAAAGAAAUUACUUUGCUUGGGCAAAAUGUUAAUAGUUAUUGUGAUAAUUCGAAUACAGACUUAUCAAUCAACUCGUCUAAAACGAUUUCAACACCUGUCCCUGGAUUUAAAACUGUUUAUAAACCAAAAGUUGGUGGUUUAAGAUUUUUCGAUUUAUUAGACCAAGUAAGUCAGAUUAGUCCAGAACUUCGUAUUCGAUUCACAUCACCACAUCCAAAAGAUUUCCCAAAAGAGGUUAGUUAGUUAUUUUUCUAAUUUUUCAUAUUUACGUUACAUUAAAAAUAUGUUUCAAAAACAACUAGAGAGGGAGUUAGUCGGUCGUGAAAAUGACAUAGUAUGAUAUCCAAAAGGCUGUGGAAACGGUAGUGAUAUCUAUUAGUAACUUAAACUAAAAGGUUAGGAAAAAUCGCUGGAUUUCGGCAGCGUUUACAGGACUGAUAGGUGCACGGAAACUCGUCCUGCCCGGCUCUGAACACGAUGAGGAGCGGAGGCAGCUUAAAAGUAGGUUGAUCAAAAGCCUCCGUAAUGAUCGUGAGCAGUGGUAGUUAGCGAAACCAGAAGAGUCGUAAAAAUCAGCUGCAAUGGGUAACGGUAGACAGCUGUUUAGAUUUAUCAGGGAAACGAGUAUUAAAAAUCCGAUUGUUAGUGAAACUAUCUCAAAAAAGGCGGGACUAUUAUUCACUCUAAAUCUAGGAGAAUAAGCCGGUCGGCAGAACACUUUAGGGAACAACCUAACUGACCUUCAGCCACACUUCAGUUACCCACUAUCUCUAAGCAAACUGGUGAAAAUCCUCGAACUGUUAGAAUGUCUGAGAAGGCUAUAAACAUUUUAGAGCGAAGGAGAGCAGCAGAGCAUAAUGGACUGACUUUUGAGAUCUUCAAUAAUGGUGAUUCCGUUUUAGCAGUUAGAUUAACUGAAAUUUUAGCGAAAAUCUGGAAACUGGACGUAAUCCCAUCUGACUAGUCUCGAUCGCUGAUCGUUCCAGUUUAUAACAAAUAACAAAAAUCCCAUUGUGAUAACCACAAAGGAAUCAGUUUACUGAUAGUGUCUAAAAUAUUAGCCUCAAUAAAACCUCGGCUUCUAACUAGAGCUCGUGAAGAGCGAACUCGAGAUAACUAGGCUGGUCUCAGACCCGGACGUGGAUGUGUAGAACAAAUAUUCACCCUUUGGUAGAUCCUGGAACAUAAACAUACUCUUCGACGUCCUGCUAUAAUCAUAUUCCUUUGUGGCAACUUGGUUUUGUUUAUUAGUCACCCUGAUAACCGUUAUUAAAUAAAUUCCAAAGGUGUAAGGAUUCAGAAGGCAAUACAAAGCGCCGGCUACAGUUUAUAUUGGAUAGCGCGGAUAACAAGCACGUCAAGCGAAUUUGAGCAAAGAGGCUACUUCGCACGUAGCAGGCGAAUAAAGAGGUAGAUUCUGAAUCAAAUCGAAUCGAGGCGAAGCGAUAAAUAAGAUGCAAGCAUGUAUAUGUCACCAUGUGCCACCAAUGUUAGUGAUUUGAGUUCACAAAAUGUCAUUCAUGGUCUCUUGAAACCAUUCUCUAAACUACAUAUUAUAGCAUUCAAUAUUCGAACCUUGUGUCAGUUAAGACUCUACGAUCUCGCGUCACUGAUGUAUACUGAGUCCCCAAAACGCUUAUGCAGGGUUCAAGUACGGUUAUUCUGGUGGAGUUUUGUUCUCUGAGCUGGAUGGUUUGGCCGUGGAGCUUUCAUCGUUCUUCUGAACGACAUCAUCAGCACAAACUUCAGAUAGAAGUGAAGUGUUCGAAUUUCUCCAUAUGUGUUUCACAGCUUGUUCUGUAUACCUCGAUGUUGAUUGGUUCUUAUUGACCUUAAAUUUGUGAUUGUUUACUUCUUGUUUUGGUUGUGUCUCCCAUUGGUUUGAUUUUUGUUCCUAUAUUUGUGCAUAAUUUUCCUGAUUGGUUGAUAAAUUGGAUUGAUUUCAAUAUGCUUGUUGAUUGCUGAUUGAUUUGAGUGCCAGGCUUCUAAAAAUUCUCUGGUGUUUUUGGGAUUUCCUCUGUCCAAGAUUUCCACUUUUUUCCAAUCGAAUGAGUGUCCGAAGUUGUCCACGUGUAUUGGUAUAAGUGAGGAAAUAUGGCGUUUGACUGCUAAUUGAUGUUCAUGUAGGCGAAGGUGAAGGAGGCGUCCGCUUUGUCCGAUGUAGUGUUUUUCGCAGUUGGCACAAUUUAUUUUGUAGAUGAUGUUUGAUUUCUUUUCCUUUGUUAUUUCAUCCUUUGGUUUGCAUAGGAUUGUUUUAAGUGAUUUUGUCGGUUUGUGUGCCACACCUAUCCCGAAGGUUUUCAGCAGUCUCGUUGCGGUUUCUGAUAUAUCUUUUGUGUAUGGUAGGGCGAUCCUUUUGUUGAUUUCUGUGCUUGACUUGGGUUCUGAUGCCACAUGAGGUUGGUAUUUUUUGAUGAGGUUGAUUGGGUAGCCGUUCUUUUGAAAUACGUCCUUCAGGUAUUUCUCUUUUUUUCGUGCUGUCAGUGUGCUGCAGUGUGUACCCGCCCUCUUUAACAAAGUGUGUACGCAGUUGGUUUUGUGAGCUCUUGGGUUGUUGCCAUUGUAGUUGAGAAUUUGAUCUGUAUGAGUCAGUUUCCUAUACACUUGAGUUCCCAGUUUUCCUGUGUCGGUUCUAGUGAUUAAUAUAUCCAAGAAUGAUAGUUUGUUGUCUGACUCCUGUUCCAUUGUGAACUUGAUGUAAUCGAAGACGUUGUUGAUCAGCUUGUAAGUGUUUUCUAGCUCAUUCUUUUUGACGAUGACGAAUGUGUAGUCUACAUAGCGAAUCCAAAUUUUUGGCUUGAUCACUGGUAAUAUCGCGGCUUCUAGUCUUUGCAUCACUGCUUCUGCGAUCAGUCCUGAUAUUGGUGAUCCCAUUGGCGUCCCUUUCGUUUGUUCGUAGAUUUUGUUGUUGAAUUGAAAAUUUGUUAGGCACAAAUCGAUGAGUUCUAGUAGACUUUGAAUUUGAAGCUUCGUGUACUUAGUGAGAUUUGUGUCGUUGGUGAGGAGCAGGGAUAUGGUUUCUUUUGCUAACCUUGGUUCAAUUGAGGUGAAUAACUUUGUUACAUCGAAGGAUAUCAUCAGUUCGUCGUUGAUUUGGAUGUCCUUAAUUUGGUCCAGGAAAUGUUUAGGGGAUUUGAUGAAGUGGUUGGAUGAAUCUACUGAAUAUUUCAGUAUUCGCGAAAUUUCUUUUGACAAAUUGUAUGUUGGCGUUCCGGGAAGUGCUGCAAUUGAACGUAAUGGAAUGUUUGGUUUGUGUAUUUUUGGUCUGCCGUGGAAUAGAGGGAGUACCGAUCCAUUGGAUUUCAUUCUCCAUUGGUCUUGUUUUGUUAUUUCUCCUGCUUUGACUAGCUUCUUUAGAGUCUUUGAGAUUCGGUUGUCUAAUUUUUUGACGGGAUUUAUAUUCAUCAGUUUGUAUGUGCUCUUAUCUUUAAGUAGUUUCUCAGCUUUUUUGACGUAUCCUUCUUUGUCCAUAAUUACUGUGUUGCGUCUCUUUUCCGCUGGAACUAUGACAAUAUCCUUUCUAGUUCUAAGUUCCUUCAAAGCUUUUUGUUCUUGUGGGGUCAGUUGGUUAUUUCCCUUCACCUGUUGAGUUAGCGGUACUAUAGUUUGCCUUAUUUCUUGUUGUUGCUUCACUGAUUCCGGAAGUUUUUAGUGAUGACCCUAGGGCUGCGAAGAAUUUCAGUUUUGAGGCGUCGCUUGUAUUGUAGUUUAAUCCCUUUCGGAGUAGGUGUUCUUCCGUAUUUGUUAGUGGUUGUUUUGACAGAUUGAUCACGCAGUUGUUUGUGUUUCUUCCAUGGGUGGUUUUGAGAUCUUGAUUAGUUUCUUCUUUAAGGUGUUUCUUCUUUGUUCUCUGUGUCGUUUGCAUGAUAUCUCGAUGGCUGUUGUCAAGAUUUCCAAAUGUUCUGACGUGAGUGUCCUUUGUAUCUUCACCUUUUGGUCCUCUAUGACGUGUUGGUAUUUGCGGAUCUUGUAGUGUGCAUCCGUUAUCAUUAAGUGUACGGUUAUUCAUUUGACCUUACGCUGUCAGUAAAAAGGACUCGCAAGAAUCAUUCUUCGAGUAUCUAGAGACCCCACCGCUAUUUCCCGUGAUCUCGCUCGUGUAGGUAUAGCAUUGAGUUCCAAGACAGAACAGGCUAUCGUAGGAAACUAAUCAACCUCCUUCAAAAAGCUAAACGCUGUGAAGUAGUAAAUGUGUCAGGUAAUUUUGAUGCUCAAGUAGAUGAACUAAACCAAACUGACAGGCUCUUAGGUUGUUACAGCUCAGCGAACAUAUAAUGGCGACCGUCUAUUUCAAUUAUGCUCAGGUCACCGUCGGUUUCUAGCAGAUAUCAAAUUUAAACAUAUGGCGAAACAUCGUCUGACCUCGCGACACUCACAAUCGACUUAUAUAUGAACUCAAAUAGAUCACAUUGCCAAUAGCUAUGGUUGGGGUGGCUCGAUUGAAGUGUCUCUCACUCUGGAGCACAUAUUUAGACUCUGAUCACGCUCUAGGUCGAGCAGGUAUUUGUCUGCAUCUUACUGGAAGUAGAACAGUUAGUCAUGUGUAUUUGAGUUUAUGAAUCGGGAUACCAUAUUAGUUGUUUAAAAAAUGUUUUGUUGGUCAAUGAGUUAUUACUUGUCACAAUGUUAUCCGGCUUUCAACUCUUAUCAAACUGAAAUGAAAUUUUUGAUUUAAUUUUCUUCAUUGUAAUGAUCAUUGAUAUUUGCAUCUAGGUUCUUGAACUAAUUUCUGAACGUAAAAAUAUUUGUUCAAAUAUACAUUUACCAGCUCAAUCAGGCAGUAGUGUUGUUCUAGAAAACAUGAGAAGGGGUUAUACUAGACAAGCCUACAUAGAGUUAGUGAACACUAUUCACGAAAUAGUUCCAAGUUAGUAUCUCUUAUUUAGUUCAUUUAUAAAUUUAAAUUACUGUAAUUAUGAGUUUUUUAUCGUCCAGUUUAAGUUAGUAAGUUGGCAUACCAAGAAAAACUAUAUUAUGCACUUACGAUUAAUUCCAUUUAGAUCUUUUAAUACCAUCGAGCUAAUAAAAUAAAUGUCACUUACUAGAUUGGAGAAACUGAUUAAAAGAUAUUUGAAAUCAUUUAUUCAAGAAAGUACUAGUCAGAAUACAACUAGUUUUCUUAACAAACAAGUUGCCUUAGAGCAUUCAAAUCUAUUUAGGGACUAAAACUAGUGUGGCAUUGUUACAAGUGUGAAAGCGACAACGUACGCUUAAAAUCCCUUAAAUAAAAUGGAUUAGACUUCUCAAACGUACAAUUUUUGAUGAAAAUAAAUAAAUGCUAACAAUCCACAAACCUCGAAUAGUUAAGUAUACAGGAGCCAGUUAUUCUACUGAAAACUACAAGAUCGCAUUCGUUACUUUAAAUCAGUAAGUAAACUUGCGGAAAAUCCUAUAAGUCAGAAAACAACACAAAUCCGUAUGAAGCAGGAAUAUUAACAAAUAGCUCAUUAUACUUAUUAAGUAGCGUUCUGUGAAACAGAAAAGGAGAAGCGAAAGGGAAACAGUUUAUGAAUAUCGAACAGUUUUAAUAAAGAUUAUCAGUGGUGAUAAUCAAGAUUGCUGUCUGCAAAUCCCAUGCAUUACAUUUUAGACAGUCUUACUUUAGUGAAAUAACAUAUGCGUUGUCUCCUUCUUGCUUGAUCUACAAGCCCUGUGAGUCUUUAUGCAAUUUGCUCCCCCUAAAAUAGUUUUCUGAUGGGCCUUGUCCAUCCCAAGUAUCAAUUAGGUUUUCUAAUAUUGCAGUGAAGAGCUUCACUCUAUGAAUACAUGUACACACCCAAGCACCGUAUUUAUUUCCUUGUCAUAAUCUAGUUAAAUUCUGAGUAGCCGCUGAAUGUUCCGGAAAUGUGCUAGUUUUUAUGUGUUUGUAUGAAUUGUCUUCGAAUACUCACGUAGUUCAUACCAUUGUUAUCUUUCUUCCAGAUGUUAGCCUUACAAGUGAUUUUAUCGCAGGAUUUUGUGGUGAAACCGAAGAAGAUCACUCUCAAUCUCUUGAGCUCAUUGAACGUGUUGGUUAUUCAUUUUGUUUCUGUUUUCCGUACAGUAUGCGUGAGGUAUGCAUCAUUUAUAUUGCUUUUAAAAUUCCUUUUUUAUUUCUUUAGUGUUGAUUAACCACUAGCUCUCUCUGCAAUGAACCAGUCGAUAAACGUCGAAUAGAGUCUAAUGUAUCAAAUACUCGACCAUAUGCCAAUAGCUUACUAUGUGAAGGGUAAUAAUACUAUCUAGCUGCACUAAUGGAAAUCAAUACAGUAGUAUAGGUUCAGUUAUUUUAUUUAGUUUUUUUUUAAAGAACACUAAGGUGGAAUAAGGACUUUUGGUAUGUUCUUUAACUCACACUCUGUUUGAAUGCAAAAGCUCCUUCUACAUGUCUAUUCACAUGAGAACAUCUAAAAGUCAUCGAUAAUUCAUCAUACUUUAAACACUAUAAACCAACUCGACAUUAUCACAUCACCACAUUAAGUUUACUGUAGUAAGAUUCAUGCACCAACUCCCAUACAAAUUGGUCAUUAGGCCUAUUCAUCCAAUCAUUUCAAAGCCGAUCAAUACUUUGUUUGGUGAUACUCUUGUUUACAAGUAAAGGUCCGUUUGUUAAGACUGUGAACGUUAAGAGACUAGUGUCGGUAAUAUGUCGCGCAUGUUAAACCACCCGACACCCCAUUAGUAACUAGAAUAGAAGCGGAUUAAAAGAAAUUUAAGGGGUAACCGAACUAGGACCUACUGCCAAUCUGUAAACCCAUUAAAUGUUGAUCAGUCUAGUUGAGAAGUACAAAUUGUCUGCUUCAGGACCAUGCAGCAACCGUCAAAAAUUGUUGGAGACACUAAGUGAUAUAGCUAGAAAUGGAUUGUAAUUCCACAGAUACAUCUAUUCUUUGCUUUGUUUUAAUAUUCCACACUUUUUUAUUCCUUGAAUUCAUCUGUUCGUUUAAAAAAAUAUCUACCCGUGUUUAAUUUUCACUAUUAUUGACUCGUUCUCUCUCGCUGGAUGCUCCUUAGGAUUAUGGCGAUUCAGACCAAUGGACAUUUAUGACGAGUAGGUUUAAAUGGCUGGAACUAAAUUAAAGGGCAUUAUAAUUCAUUUUAUACGGUUCUGCAUAUCGUCCAGUAUUCUAAUGCUUGAAAGUAAGAUCCAUUUCACCACAAUAUGUUCAUUCAAACUGUCAAUAUAAACAAAUAAGUGUUUCUUGCUCGUUUCCUUGUACUUCCCCUAAUUUCAUUAUCUGUUGUAUUUUGACUUCACUUUAGAAAACUUUUGCAUAUCAUCAUUUAACUGAUGAUGUACCAAUUGAAGUGAAAAAACGACGACAUGAAGAGUUAUCAAUGAUAUCUCGAAAUAAAAGUUUAGAGUUUAAUCAAAAACAAAUUGGCUCUAUUCAAAUUGUUUUAGUUGAAGGACCUAGUCGUCGUUCACCAACGCAAGUGUUUGGACGUAAUGAUUAUAAUACGAAGGUAAUUUUCGACCAAGAUGUUACACAAAUACCAACUACUAAAAAUCAAGAUUCUUCGCGUAUAUCCUUCAAGCCUGGUGAUUAUGUGGUUGUUGAGAUUGUUGGUGCAACGUCUCAGACAUUACGAGGAAAGGCUCUUGGCUUGUCUACACUUGGAGAUUUUUGUGAAACAAAGUGGC